UGAAGUGAAAAUGAAAGAUUUUUUAUUUUUGUGGUCAUGACAUGCUUAGUAACUACCCUCUUUCUUCUGCCUCACUUUCCCCCGACAUUCACUUUUAAUUAUUUUCAUGAUUUAACUUGACGUGCAAUGGCAUUAUUAUUAAGCAUUUCCUCCACCAAUUCUCUGCCAGCUUCCAUGGAUUCAGACCGAAAAUCUCUUCAGCUCGGUGAAAUCAGCAUGACCAACAGACCCACAUGCCCUUCUCCCGGUUCCGGCGAAGCAGUCAUCAUUUCUAUCUCCGAUGACGACGUCCCGAAAAUCCCCACUCCCCGCAAAUCUCUCACUCGCUCACUUCUCUCAAAACCCAAAUCCAGAUUUGGCGAACAACCUCUUCCCAUGGAUCCCAGUCUGCUCGAAGAAAUCGAUUCUUCCGACCAGAGAUAUUUCUCAACCUCCCCUGCAAAUUCAGUGCAGUCCGGCAGGACCAACACUCUCUAUGUAUCCACUCCAAAGACGCCACUAAUUGCGUCGCCGGGAGGUGUCGCCGCCGGAGAAGACGAUGGUGCGGCGAUUUACAAGAAGGUUAGUAGAUAUCGUAAGCUUAAGUAUAAGAGGGUUAAGAUAAAAGUGUUGCUUGAAUGGAUUGUAUUCCUUUGCUUAAUGGGUAAUCUGAUUGCUAGCUUAACCGUUGAUGAAUUAAGAAAGAAAGUAUUCUGGGGAUUAGUUGUCUGGAAAUGGUGUCUUCUUGUUCUAGUGACAUUCUCUGGAAUGCUGGUUACGAAAUGGAGUAUUAAUUUCAUUGCACUGUUGAUCGAAAGUAAUUUCUUAUUCGAAAGGAAAGUUUUAUACUUCGUUCAUGGUCUGAAGAACAGUGUUCAGGUUUUCAUAUGGUUGAGUUUGGUUCUUCUCUGUUGGCUUUUGCUGUUUAAACACGAAGCAGAGGUGCGUUCACCGAAGAGUGCCAAGUUUCUUGAUUUUGUAAGCUGGACGAUUGUUUCACUUCUAGUGGGUUCGUUCUCGUGGCUGUUAAAGACAUUGCUUUUGAAGAUUCUCGCUUCUUCGUUUCACGUGAAGACGUUUUUCGAUAGGAUUCAGGAAUCUGUAUUUAAUCAUUAUAUUCUGAUGACAUUAUCAGGGCAGCCGGUAAUGGAGAUUGUCGGGGGGAGUGAAACAACAAGUCAGAUGAGCUUUCCAAGGAAGAAGAAGGGGAAGGAUACGAAGGUGAAAGAAGUGAUUGAUGUGAAUAAACUUUAUAGGAUGAAACAGGAAAAGGUUUCGGCUUGGACUAUGAAAGUUUUGGUUGAUUCGAUUUCAACUUCUGGGUUGUCGACAAUUUCGAAUGGGUUUACUGAUUUUGGUGGAGAAAAACAACGGUCGGAUAAUGAGAUAACUAAUGAGAUGGAAGCCAUUGCUGCUGCUUAUCAUAUCUUCAUCAAUGUUGCCAAACCAGGAAGCAAGUAUAUUGAAGAGGAAGAUUUGAAGAGAUUCAUGAUAAAGGAAGAGGUUGAUGCUGUGUUUCCACUCCUUGAAGGAUCAGAACCGGGUCGGAUUGAUAGAAAAACCCUUACCGACUGGGUGGUGAAAGCUCACCAGAGUCGCAAGGCCUUGGCACACGCACUUUCAGAUACUAAAACAGCAGUAAAGCAAUUGAACAAACUUCUUACAGGGAUGCUUGUGGUUGUCGUUACAAUCGUUUGGCUCCUUCUCACAGAAAUUGCAUCAACAAAAGUACUCUUAUUUCUCUCCUCCCAACUCGUCGUCGCAGCUUUCAUAUUCAAGAACACCGGCAAGACCAUUUUCGAAGCUCUCAUUUUCGUAUUCGUCAUGCAUCCUUACGAUGUUGGUGAUCGUUGUGUCAUUGAUGGUGUUCAAAUGACCGUUGAAGAGAUGAAUAUCUUGAACACGGUUUUCUUAAGGUUUGACAAUGAAAAGAUUUAUUACCCGAAUUCUGUUUUAGCCAUGAAACCUAUAAGCAAUUUCUAUAGAAGUCCGGAUAUGGGCGACUCGAUGGAAUUCUCAAUUGAUUUUAAAACGCCAUUGGAAAAGAUUGGGGCUAUGAAGGAGAGAAUCAAAUUGUAUUUGGAGAAAAAUCCACAUCAUUGGCAUCCGUUUCAUAAUGUGGUGGUGAAGGAGAUUGAGAACGUGAACAAGAUCAAGAUCGGAUUCUAUUUUAAUCAUACGAUGAAUUUUCAACAAUACGGAGAGAAACUAAGACGCAAAUCUGAUCUGAUGCUAGAGAUGAAGAAUAUCUUUGAACAAUUAAAUAUCCAAUACAAUCUUCUCCCACAAGAUGUUCAUAUGGUCUAGUCAAAAAUCUCUAUUCUUGUGUUCCUCUCCUGUCAGUAUAGUAUUGUAUUAAAUGGAUUGGGUAACGACAAAAUCUCUAUUUUUGUGUUCCUCUCCUGUCAACAUUAAAAUUGUAUAGUAUUGUAUUAAAUGGAUUGGGUAACGACAAAAUCUCUAUUUUUGUGUUCCUCUCCUGUCAACAUUAAAAUUGUAUAGUAUUGUAUUAAAUGGAUUGGGUAACGACAAAAGUAAUUCAGUGGUAAAACUCCAUUUAAGAGAUGA